AGAACCAAUGUGAAAAAUAAUCCAAGAAGAAAGAGACUAGUAAGAUAGCUCUUAUGGUAACAGAGAAUGGGUCCUGAACCAAGGCUGUGGUGGAGGGCAAGUAUUUGGAAGAUGUUCAGAAAAUAAAUGGAGAGGGGUUGAUGACACUGAUAUUUGAGGGAUAGGUAUUGAGAAAGAGGCCCAGAUUUCAAGCUUUAAUUGACAAUUAAAGAUGUCAAUUAAAGAUGAUUCCAAAGCCACUCGAAGUUACUUUUCUAGUCAUGAAAUUGUUUUAAAAAGGGAGAAUGGCUGAAUCUGAAAGCGAUAAUCAUAGGAAUAGGUAUGAAGGCCUUUUCAGGCCAGAAGCCACUUGGGAUUUGCCCUUAUACUUCCUCCCUCAGGGAGAGACGACCUUAAUGACCAGGCUUCCUGACACGAUGCUCACAAGUGACCAAAGAGAAGUCACUGUUCAGGGGUUCGAUUUCCAGGAUGAACUCCCUUGACUGCAGAUCCCUUUUUGAAAUAGCUGAGACAACACAAGGGUAAACUUUUCCCAAAUAAUGUGCAAUACAAAGUUAAGAGAAGCUCAAAGACGUACAGAAAGUGAAAAGAACAAAAUCAUAGAAAAAAAUGAAUGGACAGCAAGAAUUGUUCACCUCUGACUAACAAUAAUCCUCGUAAGCUACCCAAAUCACAGAGUAAAAGGACAUUUUAUCUCUGCGAGCCUCUCCGCACCGGACCCGCCCCCAGCUUGCUAGGAGUUGGGCAUCGAAAGGUCGCUGUUCCUCCCUGGGAAGUCAUUCUUAUCUAUGCCUUUAUUCUAUUGAUGCACGCAAGGUGGGAGAGGAGUAAGGUGAGAUUCAGACGGUGGGACUUUCCUCUGGGAACUACGCGCAAAGCCUCACCCCUGCCCGGGUCUGGGGGUCCCCUAGCCGCCUCGCGGGGCAAGUGGCAAGUCCCAUCUCUUCAGCUGGCGAACGCUUCCGGGCAUCCACUGGGCGCAGACCCAGUCGCCGCCGGUGCUCCAACUCCCUGGUCAUCUCCGCACGCGUGUAGUAGUCACAGCUCUCAGGCCUCCGUCAGCGCGAGCCGCAGGCGGAUGUUCCCAACCCGGGCUCUCGCGCACCGAAUCUUCCCGGGAACAAGCGGGCAGGCUGGCGGCGACUCUUGCUGAAAAAGGGCACCUGCGUUUCGCUGCUAAGCUUCAGCCUCCUCCCCGCGAAACUGUCCGCUACAAGUCCCAGUAGUCACGGUCACCGCUCCCCCUCCCCCGACUCCGGGAAACAGCUUUCGGCCAGGCUGAGGUCCCGACAGUGAGGGCGGAAGUGAUAAGACUGACGUGUCCUGGGCUGCUCCCCUGAUCGCCAGGAGGACCCCCCGCCGGGAACGGGCGAACCCAGCCUCGCGGGGUCCUUGGAGCUGAGUUGGGCCUCCGGCUGGAGAAACCUUAUCUGGGAACACUUGAGGGAGCCGAGUGCGGGGUCCAGACUUGUGUACCCGCAGCCUCCGCGAUCAGGCGCAGCGGCGGACAACCCCGCGGAGAUCGGCCGUCAGGUCCUCCCCAACCCGCCGCUACCGCACCGCUCCGGGGGAGACCCCGGCCCGAGCCCAAGGGCAGCUACAGGGCUGCAGAGGCCGCUGGCGCCGCCUCAGCCAGCCCUUCCCGCGCGGUUCCACUGCCUUAAGGAUGACAAUCCUAGGGCACCCUCGAAGCUGGAGCUGCUGCCAGUGGUUGCCAAUCCUGAUGCUACUACUGGGCACAGGCCAUGGGCCAAGGGUGGAAGGCGUGACACACUACAAGGCCGGCGACCCUGUCAUUCUGUAUGUCAACAAAGUGGGACCCUACCAUAACCCUCAGGAAACUUACCACUACUAUCAGCUUCCAGUCUGCUGCCCUGAGAAGAUACGUCACAAAAGCCUUAGCCUUGGUGAAGUGCUAGAUGGGGACCGAAUGGCUGAGUCUUUGUAUGAGAUCCGCUUUCGGGAGAAUGUGGAGAAAAGAAUUUUGUGCCACAUGCAGCUCAGUUCUGCCCAGGUGGAGCAGCUGCGUCAGGCCAUUGAGGAACUAUACUACUUUGAAUUUGUGAUAGAUGACUUGCCAAUCCGUGGCUUUGUUGGCUACAUGGAGGAGAGUGGCUUCCUGCCACACAGCCACAAGAUAGGACUCUGGACCCAUUUGGACUUCCACCUAGAAUUCCAUGGAGAUCGAAUUAUAUUUGCCAAUGUUUCAGUACGGGAUGUCAAACCCCACAGCUUGGAUGGGUUACGACCUGAUGAAUUCCUAGGCCUUACUCACACUUACAGCGUGCGCUGGUCUGAGACUUCGGUAGAGCAUCGGAGUGACAGGCGCCGUGGUGACGAUAGUGGUUUCUUUCCUCGAACCCUAGAAAUCCAUUGGUUGUCCAUCAUCAACUCCAUGGUGCUUGUGUUUUUACUGGUGGGUUUUGUGGCUGUCAUUCUAAUGCGUGUGCUUCGGAAUGACCUGGCUCGGUACAACUUGGAUGAGGAGACCACUUCUGGAAGUUCUGGUGAUGACUUUGACCAGAGUGACAACGGCUGGAAAAUUAUCCAUACAGAUGUCUUCCGCUUCCCUCCAUACCGUGGUCUGCUCUGUGCUGUGCUUGGUGUGGGUGCCCAGUUCCUGGCCCUUGGCACUGGCAUUAUUGUCAUGGCGCUGCUGGGCAUGUUCAAUGUGCACCGUCAUGGGGCCAUUAACUCCGCAGCCAUCUUGUUGUAUGCCCUGACCUGCUGCAUCUCUGGCUACGUGUCCAGCCACUUCUACCGGCAGAUUGGAGGUGAACGUUGGGUAUGGAACAUCAUUCUCACCACCAGUCUCUUCUCUGUGCCUUUCUUCCUGACAUGGAGUGUGGUAAACUCAGUGCAUUGGGCCAAUGGUUCGACACAGGCUUUGCCAGCUACCACCAUCCUACUGCUUCUGACGGUUUGGCUGCUGGUUGGCUUUCCCCUCACUGUCAUUGGAGGCAUCUUCGGGAAGAACAAUGCUAGCCCCUUUGAUGCACCUUGUCGCACCAAGAACAUUGCCCGGGAGAUCCCACCCCAGCCGUGGUACAAGUCUACUCUCAUCCACAUGACUGUUGGAGGCUUCCUGCCUUUCAGUGCCAUCUCUGUGGAGCUGUACUACAUCUUUGCCACAGUGUGGGGUCGGGAGCAGUACACUUUGUAUGGCAUCCUCUUCUUUGUCUUCGCCAUCCUGCUGAGUGUGGGGGCUUGCAUCUCCAUUGCACUCACCUACUUCCAGUUGUCUGGGGAGGAUUACCGUUGGUGGUGGCGAUCUGUGCUGAGUGUUGGCUCCACAGGCCUCUUCAUUUUCCUCUACUCAGUUUUCUACUAUGCUCGACGUUCCAACAUGUCAGGGGCAGUACAGACAGUAGAGUUCUUUGGCUACUCCUUACUCACUGGUUACGUCUUUUUCCUCAUGCUAGGCACUAUCUCCUUUUUUUCUUCCCUAAAGUUCAUCCGUUAUAUCUAUGUUAACCUCAAGAUGGACUGAGUUCUGGAUGGGAAAACUAUUUCCUUUCUCCCUGUUCUUCAAACCCCAUUGAGCUCUCCUCCCAGCUUCUCUCCUCAUUGAGUGACUGAAUUAUGUGUUGGCAUUGUUGCCUUCCCUUUGCCCUUUGGGCCUUCUUUUCCCAAAGAGGGCCUGGAAAUUAUAAGUCUAUUAUAUAAGGAGUAUAUAUUUGAACUUUUUGAGUUGCCUUUAGAUUUGGUCCUGAUUUUUCUUUUUAUAAUUAUCCAAAUAAAGUUUAUUAAGAAAAAAGAUC